AUUCACUUGCUCACUCCCAAAACCAUACAUAGAAAUUAUAUAUAUAUUGCAAGAUCAGUUCCACAUUUAAAGCCAAAAAGUUUUAUCUGUCAGAUCAUAAUUACAAAUUUACAAUAUUCCUCCUCCCACUAGCUCUAAAAAGCAUUAAUGAACCCAAAACUAAGCCCUACUUAAUCAAACCAAAACCCAAUUCUCUUCAUUGAGUUUCUUUUUCCAUUCUUGCAAUAGUUUUAAUGGCAGAAGCUGAAGCUAAAAGUGUUUCCAAGAAUGUAUCUCAAUCAAACAAACUCAACACCAUCAAAAGAUUCAUUGGUGUGAGGCAAAGGCCUUCAGGAAGGUGGGUGGCAGAGAUCAAAGACUCCUCACAGCAUGUGAGGCUCUGGCUUGGAACCUAUGAUACACCAGAAGCAGCAGCAAGAGCCUAUGAUGAAGCAGCAAGAGCACUACGAGGGGAAAAUGCAAGAACCAAUUUUUCAGAGAGUUAUUACCAAACCAAACAAGUCUCUGAUGGUGGAAAGCAUGGAAAUGGGUUAAGCUUUGCUUCCUUGAAAGCCAAGUUAAGCAGGAAUCUACAGAGCAUUAUAAACAGGGCAAGUGAUUGCAAUAAGUCAUCAAAAAGCAGGGUGAGUGAUCAUUUCACCUUUGCUAGCAUUUUCAACCGUAGAAGUGACCAAAUUCAAAUUCCUCCAAUGGAUGUUAAGAGCAUUGAGAAAGUGGUGCAGCCUAGCAUUGUUGUUCCCCAAGUGGAACCCGACCCUCCUUCUUGGGCCGGGUUCCGGCAAACCCGCCUGGAUUCAGGUUCAGGCGGUUCUGACGAAGGGGAGUUAAGGGUUGGUGAUAAAGGGUCAUUGGAUCAAUUGAUGGGGUGGGUGGAUAGCCCUAAUAUCUAUGCAUGUGAUGAUGAUGGAAGUGAGGGUUCAAGGAGCAAGAGGUUCAAGGUCUCUCCUUCUGUGCUUGUGCCUCCAACUUUCAACGAUUGUGGUUCUCCAUUUAGUGGUUGUGGCUCUCCAUAUAAUGGUUAUGGCUCCCCUUAUAGUGGCUAUCGCUCUCCUCACUAUAAUGGUGGAAAGUGAAGCUGAAAUCAUUGGUGAACUGAGUUGGAUCAUAAUUGAUGCACAAAGUACCUGUUUGAAUGCAUACAAAAAAGCACUUAAUUAUUGAAGCUUA